CUGAACGUAUCUCUCUCCUUAUCAGCUGAGCGCGGAGCACGGGACUGAAUGCUGCUGCUGCCUGGCUGGUUUACCCAGUGAAGUGUUUUCCCCAUAAUCAGUGGCCAAGAGUGAACGAACUCGCAAAGUCUGCUUCUCCUCAUCUUCCUCGGCCAGUUUCGCUGCGAGAUCGCGUCGUUACAACGUCGUCGUCGCCAUGCGGUUUUCACGCUCUAUACCACCUUCUCUUCUUCUUCUUUCCAUGUUGGUUCUUCAAGCACUGCAGCCGUCCAUUAGUCUCAGAACGCCUUUGCAUUCCGUUGACAAAAUAAAGGAGAAGUUCAGAGAACUCGGCGCGGAGGUAGUUGGAGACGCCACUAGCGGGAAAAAUAUAGAGCAGGCUCCACUUUUGGUCAAAGCUGAAUCAGAUACAUCAACUGCCACACCUACACCAGAGCCUUCAUCAACUGCCACACCAACACCACAGCCUACAUCAACUGCCACACCUACACCAGAGCCUUCAUCAACUGCCACACCUACACCAGAGCCUUCAUCAACUGCCACACCUACACCAGAGCCUACAUCAACUGCCACACCUACACCAGAGCCUACAUCAACUGCCACACCUACACCAGAGCCUACAUCAACUGCCACACCCACAUCAGAACCUAAAUCUUCAACCACACCAGAGCCAACAACGACCCCCACACCAGAAAGUGUGCCACGGGUGACUGUGGAGGGCCUAGGCACUGCCAAAGGAACGACCCUUACUUCCUUCCAGGGAAGGGAGUUCUACGCCUUUAUGAGCAUUCCCUACGGUAAUCCACCUGAGGGUGCUCUCAGAUUUAGAUAUCCCGAACCCUUCAGUGGAAAAUGGCCCAAAGAAACGGAAGAGGGCGAAUACGAGGCCGUCUUCCUGAGGGCCAGGUGUGUCCAGGUUUCCCUCAUCCUCGACCUGAUAGGAGGAAGGGAAGACUGCCUCCAUCUCAGCAUCUAUACACCUGUCUUCCCGGAAACUCCUGUGAGGACGUUUCUACCAGUAAUGGUAUGGUUCCACGGGGGAGCUUACAUGACCGGGGACGCUAACCUAUACGUCCCUACGAAGCUCAUGGAUCGUGACGUCAUGGUAGUGGUGGUGCAGUACAGGCUCGCAUCUUUUGGUUUCUUGGCAGGAAACAUGGAAGACAGCCCCGGCAACAUGGGGCUAAUGGACCAAAUCACAGCUCUGCGAUGGAUUCAAAAGUACAUCGAGAAUUUUGGUGGAAACAAAGAUCAAGUGACUGUAUUUGGACAGAGUGCCGGAGGAGCCAGCACCUCUUGGAUGCAGCUGACCCCACUGACACAGGGUUCAGCUGUUCCCAACUUGGGCCGAGACCUCUUCCAUCGGGCCAUCCCUCAAAGUGGUUCGGCGCUGGAACUGUGGACGAUUGACCCGAAUCCGGAGGACGGAUUCCUUCAGACUGCCACUAUUCUAAACUGCAUUGAUACUGGAGAUAAAACUGUUAUGCUAGAAUGUAUGAGGGAAAAAGAUUACGAGAUUUACAAUGCUAGCGUAACACUGUAUGCUGACGACAGAAUAAAGGGAGGCCUCGGAUUCAAGGGCUUGUGUCCUGUGGUGCAAGAUUCUCUGGAAAGUGUGAACAGUGACUUCGAGCUCGUCAUUCCCAGGCCACCUCUUGACAUUUUGGCCGAUGGGGAUUUCCUGAAAGUGCCCAUGAUGGCUGGGGCAGUAAGAGACGAAGGCUCUCUCGUCGUAGGCCUUGCAUACAAAGACUACAUGGAGCCCCUGGGUCAUUUCACAAACGAUACCGAUUUCAUCAAGUACGAAGCUGUGGGAACUUUAAUCAGGGCCUUCGGACUAGACGACGAGAACAGCGCUGUUGCCAACUCCAUGAGGGUAGCUUACUUCCCAAAUGCAGAGUUGGGGAACUGGGAUUCCAUGAUUGGAGGGAUGAUUGACAUGACGGGCGUCCUCUUCCUGAAAUCGGGACUGUGGAGUGUGGCCAGCCACAUCAACAGGGUGGCCCCGGAUGUCCCCAUCUACUUCUAUUCGUGGGAGUUCGAGAGUGACGAUUCUCUCUUCCCCUGGAUAUUCUUCUCGAAGCCCGACAUUCCUGUGCCCGGAGGUGUGGCCCAUGCAGACGAACUGCUCUACCUCUUCCACUUGCCCUCGGAUCAGGACGAGAGAGAGAAGACCAUGACUGACAAGGUGAUCACACUCUGGACCAACUUCGCCAUACACGGGGACCCAACACCAGACAUUGACAGAUCCUCCUGGGAAGGAAAGGUCGUCAAGUGGGAGAAAUACACCAAUGAUGACUACAACUUCAUGCUCAUGAAGGACGAAUUCGAGAUGGCGCAGGACUUCACGACGCGCUGGCACCAUCAUAGGCAGGAGAACGCCAAUGUAGCGACUUCUCGGGAAGACUUAGCUAAGGAGACGUCAACCGGGGAGCGUUCAGAAGGGGAAGGCGAGACGCCUCUGACGCAAAACGACGCGGAACCCACGAGCGACAAGAACCUCAGGAUCGGCCUCGGCAUCUUCGAAGGAUUUGUAGUUGUUGUGGUUGUGUCCGGUUGCAUAUAUGCCAUAGUCCACAGGCAGAAAAGAAGAAAUGGAAUAGUGUAGUAGAUGAUAAGUGGGGGUGAAUAACAACAGCAACAGACUGCUUAUGCUGAGAUGAUGAAGAGACCUCCUUCAAAUUAACGUCCUUACAAUAUAUUUACAUUUUCUUCACGAAGACAGUAUUCAUG